UUUCCCCCAUCUCAUCUCCUCCGCUCCGCCCUCUUCCUCCUUCCCCUCGCCGCCGCCGCCGCCUCCAAUGCCUCUCUCCGCCCUCCUCGCGGCGUUGCUCCUUCUCCUCGCUGCCUACGGGAUGGCAUUGGCGACCUCCUCGGAACUCCCUCGCUUCCGCGAGGCCCCUGCCUUCCGCAACGGCCCCGGCUGCGCCUCCGCACCCACCGUCCACAUCGCCAUGACCCUCGACGCCGCCUACCUCCGCGGCUCCCUCGCCGGCGUGCUCUCGGUCCUCCGCCACGCUUCUUGCCCCGAGUCCCUCUUCUUCCACUUCCUCGCCACCCGGCCGCGCCGCUUCCGUCCCGCCGUCGCUGCCUCUUUCCCCUCCCUCGCCUUCGACGUCUACCGCUUCGAUCCCGACCUCGUCCGCGGCCGCAUCUCCUCCUCCGUCCGCCGCGCCCUCGACCAGCCCCUCAACUACGCGCGCAUCUACCUCGCUGACAUCCUCCCCCGCUCCGUCCGCCGCGUCAUCUACUUUGACUCCGACCUAGUCGUCGUCGACGACGUCGCCCGCCUCUGGGCCACCGACCUCGCCCCGGACCACGUCCUCGCCGCCCCUGAGUACUGCCAUGCCAACUUCACCUCCUACUUCACCGACCGAUUCUGGUCCGAUGCGAACUUUCCCCGCUCCUUCUCCGGCCGCAGCCGCCCGCCAUGCUACUUCAACACCGGGGUCAUGGUCAUGGAGCUCGACCGCUGGCGCGCCGGCGGAUACACCCGGAUGCUGGAAUCCUGGAUGGAGGUCCAGAAGCGCGAGGCGCGGAUCUACGAGCUCGGCUCGAUGCCCCCUUUCCUACUCGUCUUCGCCGGCGAGGUUAAGGGCGUGGAGCAUCGGUGGAACCAGCACGGCCUUGGCGGCGAUAACGUCGAGGGUUUGUGCCGCGAUCUUCACCCGGGACCAGUAAGCCUCCUCCAUUGGAGCGGCAAGGGGAAACCCUGGCUCCGCCUCGACGCCGGUCAUUCCUGCCCGCUCGACGCACUUUGGGCGCCCUACGACCUCCUUCUCCGCGACGGCCACCACGACCUCUUCGCCGACGUCUAAUCUCUCGCCGCUCCUCUUCCAACCAUCAUCCAACGCGACCGGCGACGCUGACCGUUGCGAUCUGAUCAGCGAAACGCGGGGUCCACCAGAGUGAUCGGUGGGGUUCGAAUUCAUUCCUCCAACGGGCGCACCACAGGUUCAGGCCCAAUGAGUUGGAGGCGUAACAGCUGGCAGCGGGCCCGUGAGCGAUUUAAAGGACAUCGCCAACCGGCAUCAAGCGGUGCGCCGGUGGCGCCCCUUUCGGAUUUAAUUUAAUUUUUUGUGAAUACAACCGCUGGUAUUGUUAGAUAAAGUGCUACUGUUUUUGAUGGCGACUCGGAAAUAAUGAAAUCGGACAGAGAGAGGAUUAUUGAGAUUGUUGUUGGUGCUAUUGGUCGUUGUAGUGGAAGCCAGUGAGAUUGUUUUUUUUGGUUGUAGAAUUAUGUUUUCUCCCUUUUUCAUUGUCGUGACAUGUGAGAGGAGGGAAUUAUAUGUGCUUGCAACUUGUGGAGUGGCAAGGAAUCCAUUGAUAGUAGUGGAAUAAUUGAAUUGCCUUCAUUAUCAUGA